AUGUAUUAUUUUCCUUUAACUCCACGUCUACAAAGGUUGUAUGCAUCUAAUGCAACAGCAAAACAUAUGAGAUGGCAUUCAGAGCAUGAAAGAGAUGGUGUCAUGCGUCACCCCUCAGACUCUCCUGCUUGGAAACAUUUUGAUCAGACGUAUCCACAUUUUGCAUCUGAAGUUAGAAAUGUUAGAUUGGGUUUGUCUACUGAUGGGUUUCAACCAUUUGGUCAAUCAGGCCAACAAUAUUCCUCUUGGCCUGUGAUAGUUACACCAUAUAAUUUACCACCUUGGAUGUGCAUGAAGGAUGAAUACAUGUUUUUAUCUGUGAUGAUACCUGGUCCAAAAAAUCCAAAACAGAAAAUUGAUGUCUUUUUAAAAGUCUCAUGGUUUGACAAUCACAAAAAGUUUUUACCACCAGAUCAUCCAUGGCGAAAAAACAAAAAGUGGUUCAAGAAGGGUCAAAUAGUAUAUAAGGUUGCAUCUACUGAACAAUCAGGUUUACAAAUACUUAGGGAGAUUGAGGAUUUGGGACUCAUGAAAGUGACAGAACUUGGUUCUGACAAGGUGAAUGCAAGAAUCUCAAAGAGUAGCUUAUGUGGUUGGAAGAAAAGAAAGUUGCAUCAGGAUGAAACUACUAAAAAGUACCCAAAAGCUUGUUACAUGUUAGAUGAUAAUUCCAAAAAAGUGCUUUGUAAGUGGUUGCAAGAGUUGAGAUUUCCUGAUGGUUAUGUGUCUAACAUGGGAAGAUGUGUUGACAUGAACAAGCUUAAACUCUUUGAUCUUACUUCUACCGCAAUAACUGAGGAACACAUGAGACAAUUAGAAAGAAAUAUUCCUCUCAUCUUGACUAAGCUUGAGCGCAUUUUUCCUCCAAGCUUCUGGGAUUCUAUGGAACAUCUUCCCAUCCAUUUAGCUUAUGAAGCAUGUUUAGCAGGCCCAGUUCAAGAACGAUGGAUGAAACUUCAUGGGGUGAAGUAUGAUAUCAAAAAUAAGAAUAGAGUUGAAGGUUGUAUACGCAACGCAUGUUUGGUUAAAGAAUCAUCAACACUUUGUACGCACUACUUUAAGUCAGACAUUUUGACUAGAUAUAGAAAAGUGCCACGAAAUGCGGAUGAUGGUGGGGUUGGAGAGGACCAUCCUCAAAUUUUGUCUGUUUUCAAGCAUGUUGGUCGUGGUUUUGGUAAAAAGAAAAUAAGAAGAAUUUUUGAGGAUACCUUGAGACAAAUACAACCAUAUAUUCAAGAUAGUGAGAUUGAUGCUAAACUUGAAACAGAGUUUGCGUCUUGGUUUAAUCAAUAUGCACGUGAUCCUUCAUCUAGCAUUACCAAUCAAUUCAUGAAAGAUCUUGCAGAAGGGCCAUUGCAUAAGGUUCAACCCUUUAAUGGAUAUGUUGUAAAUGGUUACAAAUUUCACACUGAAGAAUACGGUUCAAUUAAAUCUACAAUGAAUAGUGGUAUAUGCAUUAAGGGCUCUAGUCACAGUGCAGAUGAGAUCGAUUAUUAUGGUAUAUUGACAGAAAUUCUGCAGCUAGAGUAUCAUGCAUUACCAUUUAAGCGAACCGUAUUAUUUAAAUGUUCUUGGUUUGAUCCAACACCAAAACAUGGUACAAGAGUACAUCCACAAUAUAAUCUUGUUGAUGUUAAUAGAAGAAGAACUUUUAAUAAAUAUGAGCCAUUUAUUAUGGCUGUGCAAGCUUCUCAGGUGUAUUUUGAAACAUAUCCUUCAAUAAAGAGGACACAGAAUGAUUGGUUAGCUGUCAGAUAA